CGUCAGAACUCGCGGUGCUGAACCUCUCUCACCCCUGCAGUGAAACACAGUUCAUCCCCAUCCCCACCUUUAACUCAGCUACCGGACCGAGCCAACCCACCCUCUCCCACUCUCCGAGCACGCUCCUGUCUCGGGCUGUCCUGACGAGCGGAACCAGUCGCAGUUCGAACCCCGAAGAGACCGACCAGCAGAAACGUUAGCUGCUAGCCGAACACUGGCACGAGGCGAACGAUCGUGCCGAAAACCCUUGGCCAUGAGCUCGGCCUCGGAAACAUGCAGAAACCAUUGAGAGAGCUGGGCCGAUUGCGCCUCAGUACGGGUGAGCAGAGCAACGACGUCGUGGCGGAAGUUUGCACGGAGCCGCGUGGCGGACUUCCGCUUCUUCAGGUAUGGCCGAGCGAUUCACCGAGAGGCGAAGCCGACGGACAAGCACAAGCAUUCGUGUUUCCCGACGUCCAGGAAAACGUCAACGACAGUGGCAUCGAGUCCAUACAGGCAUCGCCAUCACCGUGCGGUGUAGCGAGCACAAGUCCAGCCGCGACUCCACAGCAGUCGCGACGUGCCAGCCUGCUUCAUCCGGAUCAUGCUCGACUACAGUUGCAUCAUUUGCAUCACAAUCACCAUAAUUCAGGGUCUAAGAGUCCCCCGACGCCGGAUAGGACCUCCAUCGACGAGGAGCCUCCACUUCCGCCGAGUCCAUCGAGCUCCACUACCAGCAGUUUACGAUCCAUGCCAAGCUCCGCCAUUGCUUCCAUGCACUCGCAAGAUAGGAGACGAAGCAGCAGGUACAGCAUGUUCGACGCCCUGGAUCUGGAGUACGCGCUGCUGAGGGCAGCAGCUCGAGGAUCAGUGGGUCCAUAUUCUCUAUCAGAGUCCUUGCACAAGUUAACGUUCACGCAGAGUCUGGCAUUCCCGGCUCUAGCCCGCGGAUUGGCUUCGAAGCAGAGCGUCCCGACCAGAAGGCCUCAACAACACACGGAGAGCGGAUUGAACGCAUUCGCGAAGGUGGUGACCGCGUUGGUCCUAGUGUUGGUCAGCGUGUUGGUGUUCGGUGUGGUGUACAAGUUCGUAAGGACGUGAGGAUGGCUGCUGGUACCCGAUCGACAGCCUGGACCCUCGCAGGAAUUUGAUCGACCCGGUACCAGCGACUCGUUCGAUAAUUGACUUUCUGAUUGAUUCUGAUUUUUCAAAAUUUUGAUAGAAUUAAACCUUGUGCGUGAUGUGGGUAGAAAUUCCCUUAGCGAAACGUGGUUAGCUCGAUGAACUGGAAGCUCAAAGCUUCGGUACUGAAGGAUUCUGAACACGAUUUUGAUGUCGUACCAAGUGAAAGUUAGAACUAGUUAAAUGUGGAUGAUUACGUAUGAAACUAUUUUGGUGUGAAAGCUCAGUGUAAAAAGUAGAUAAAGGUUGAUAGCUAAUGAACGAAAUUAUGGAAGCUCAAAGCUAACAGAAAGCGAAGGCACACUUUGGUAUAACUUUGAUGACCAAGUGAAAACUACAGGUUAAUUCUAAAACUAACAUUUUACCAGAACAUGGUCCCACUCAGAAGUUCAAAACUAUAAUACGAACUAAUUUUGAACGAGUCCUAACUUUUUGACGAAAUCUUGAUACCAAGAAGAUUAAUUCUGCGGAUUAAGGGUGUUUUUGAAAAAACUAACUCUUUAGUACUGCCUUGGUCGCAGCUAGAAGCUUAAAGCUAUGAUAGAAAUUGACGGAUUUUGAACAAGACUUAACUUUUUGACGAAAUCUUGUUAUCAGGCGAGCACUCGAGGUUAAUUCUAAAAAUUGAAGAUGUUUUUGCAACAAUUUUAGUACAACCUUGAUUCCACCCAAAAGCUUAAAGCUAAAUAAUUCUGAACGAGACAUAACCUUUUGACGAAAUCUGGGUUCCAGGUGAAAAAAUCAUCUCGACAAGAACUGACAUUUUGCAAAAACAUUGAAAGUCAAAUGUAGAUCUUGACGAUAGUUCAGAACCUCGGAUGGUGUUUAACCAUGGGGCCUAUAUCAUAAACGUGUUAAUGGAUACUGAUUGAAGAACUAAAACAUUUAUUCCAGCGACUGUGAUUGCAAAAGUGACUAUUUCGUUCGAUCAACGGAGCCUUUUCAAUUCGAGAAAGUGAAUAUAAUAUUAUGAUAUAGAACGAGCUUGAAACAAUAGAGAGUCGAAUGUAAACUAAUCUGGAAAGAGAUUUUCAUAAGGUGCAAUGAAUUUUUAUUCAUGAAAACCGACAUGAUUGAAAAUCGAUAGUUUUGCACGCGGACAAGGGAUUCGAGCGCGUGAAACGCGUUCCUCGUGCUUUUUAAUUCUAAAUAAAUAAAGUAUAGCUAUAUAGCUGUGCUCGCAGCCCGCCUUCUAGCUAUAUUUGCAAUUGAAAAAGAACAAAGAGUUAAUCAAUAUCAUUACUUCCAACUUUAAAACUUCCUCUAAAAGUUUGUAAAUAUAUUAGUUAUUUCUAAUUUGCUGUGAAAUGAUUCUUGUCCGCGUUGCAAAAAUGUGGCGAGCUGUCAGCUUGCUUUACAACCCUCGGAAAGCGUCUUAUGCCAAUACCGGGUCAAUUUUAACCCAUAGCUGUAGAAUUUCAUUAGAAAACGUAGUAAUGUUUAUAGGAUAGGUGUUAUAGAAAAGUAGAAUUUAUGUUUCAUAGUUUAUAUCUUUCUAAAAUAUUUGUACUAGAAUUUUUAUCCCACUGCAGAGUAAUAUGUGUUGAGUCUGCAAUAUUUGGGUCCUUCAGAUUAGUGAUAGCUUUUCAUUUUUUGGGACAAAAGUGACCCGAUGUCGGCUGAGGGUAAAUAACGAACAAUCCGUGACUCUUCAAGUGCUUUACACUACUCUAUUCCGAUGACAAUCGAUCCAAUAUUAAUUUUAUUUGACAUCUUUCGUCGAUCAGCUUCA